AGCGUUCUGUAGCAAUUGAGCAGCGAGCUGCAAUUUGACAGGGGUUGUGCACAUGUGUCCUUGUAAACUUCCGACAAACAGACCAACUUCUGCAGAAAGAGAGGCCUUCUGGGAAGCAGGAACUUUCUCUCUCUCUCCCCGCUACCCAGCAAAACAACAACAGCUGCCUUUCAGUAGCGAUGGAGAAAGACCUGCUUAUGGGGUGAGUUGUUAUUUAACAAAAACAAUUUUGUUCUACUAAAUAAAGCCAUAUGUGAUACAUUUUUUAAAAAAAAUAAAUGUUGAAGACAAAUCCGACAGUAACGGCAACAGAUGAGGAGGUAAAGAGGACUCAUCAUUUCCAGUACAUUAGUUGGCACUGAAAAAAUACAAUUCACAGUGUAUUUCUUAACAGAGUUGCAAGUGGAACCCUAUGCCAGAUUUUUCUUUUUCUUUUUUACCCAUAUGCUGGAAAUGCUUUUGCUUCCCGGUAUAACAGUCUGUUCUGUUCUAUUUUCUGUCGAUUUGUUUUGUUUUUUCAUCAUCUGUUACAUAGGACAGAGCAAAUCCGUGGGAACUGAAACAAAAUGCUACAGUCUGGAGUCCUCCUGUUCAGGAAUCCAAACACUCCAGACACCCCUUUCCUUUUUAAAUGUCCCUUCUUACCCCCUUCCCCAAGUCAGCGUUCUGUGGCCACUGAGCAUGCUCAGUACUUCCUGGACUGGGAGGGUGUUUCCUCGCUGAAGAUUUUUUUGUACGUUCAGCCAGCUGAUACCUCUCCCUCAUAUGUGUAGAUGGUGUGAUUUUGGCUACAUAAGAACCACAUUUGGGGGAUUUGUGAUCACUGGUGGUAUAUAUGAUAGUAUUCAAGCUAAGAAUACGGCUUUCGAUUUCUCUUUUUAUUAAGGGAAAUUUUUUAGAUAACUCAAAUAUUCAGCAGUGGUUCAGAUAAGCAGCAGGUGAAUUGGGCAAUAUGCUCCCAUACUUAGACGGCAGGUGGGGGAAUGUUGUGGCUGAAUGACCCUCCAUAGAAAAAAACCAGACCACCUGCAUGUAGAGAACUCGAUGUCAGACAGAAGGGUUUUAGCCUAGCCUUCUCUCUUAGGCCUCAACGGCACUAUAUAUUGAAAACAGUAUCAUAGUACUUUAAGCAGCCAUGACUCCUCUCAAAGAAUCCUGGGAACUGUAGUUUACUACAGGUUGUUGGGAGUUGUUAGGAGACCCCCCCCAUUCCCUUCCCUGUGCUACGAUUCCCUGAGUUCCCUGAAAAGUGGGGUCAGCUGUUAAACUGUUCUGUGAAUUGUAGUUCUGCCUGGUAGCCCUAACCCCUAGCCUCUGCCCUUGAUUGUAACAUCUGCGUGGGAAACGGUCUGUGUAUUCAUAUACAGUGGUACCUCAGGUUAAGAACUUAAUUCGUUCUGGAGGUUCGUUCUUAACCUGAAACUGUUCUUAACCUGAGGUACCACUUUAGCUAAUGGGGCCUCCCGCUGCCGCUGCGCUGCAGCCACACGAUUUCUGUUCUCAUCCUGAAGCAAAGUUCUUAACCCGUGGUACUAUUUCUGGGUUAGCGGAGUCUGUAACCUGAAGCGUCUGUAACCCGGGGUACCACUGUACAGUCAAACCUCAGUUGUUAAACACAAUCCGUUCCAGAAGCCCGUUAGGCUUCCAAAUUAUUUGACAGCCAAGGCAUGGCUUCCAAUUGGCUCCAAGAGCUUCUUGCACUCAAGUGGCAGCUGUGUUGGAUGUUCAGUUUCCAAAAAAUGUUCAGAAACUGGAACACUUACUUCUGGGUUUUCGGUGUCCGGGAGCCGAAACGUACGAUAACAGAGGCGUCCGGGAACCAAGGUUUGACUGUUACCUGAAAGCAUAUUGGCUCCUGCAGGAUCCAGAUUACACCUUCAGAGACUCCCCUUUAGGGUGCAGGUGCACAGGCUUCUGGGUAGAAGUUGUGAGAAGGUCGGGCUGGGUGUGGGGAUAGGGCUACAGAUGAAACUCUGUCUCCCCCCAGCCCUCCCCAGCUCUCUACCCAGGUUGACCAUCUGCACAGGCUCAGGAAGUCAGUAAUGAUUUGUGGUACAAUAAGCAAUUGUGUUUCUUCACUAUGGAAAAAUCCAUGCCUCCUUAUCUGUACAUUCAAGGCGUACAGCGCCGUCAGUCACAGGACAGGAAUAUCCCAAAGGUGCCCUGUCAGUCUGGCAUGCUUAACUGCCCUACCUUAUAGCCUUGGGGAACAGCUGACUGUCACGUUGAGUCAGAAAGAUCCAACUCUUUCAAAAGAAGUUAAGCGACGUUCUUUUGUUUGCCUUCUUUCAAACAGAGACGGAAAUUGUGCAAGUUAUGGAAGUGACGGUGUCCUCUCCCCAAAGAUUGCACAAGGUAAGGCAAACCUAGAGUUAGCCAGCCCUAGGCUGAGAUAAGAUCUGAAAACAGUUUCCAAGCAAAAUCUACAAGAUGGGCAGGGUAUUUACAGUCUCCGGGUUUCUUGUUGUGCAAAACAGAUGAGAGAAGAGGCUGGUGGCAGUGCAGCCGACAUACACGUAUACAUUGUAUAGGAAAAUCACUGAACUUUGUUUGACUUGGGGCACAAGUGGCCGUGAAUGGCUGCUGGUGCUUGUUUAAUUUCCCCAGGAUUUCAGACAGGGGAAAUUCCUUUCCUUCACUGGAGAUGCCUGGGGCAGAAGAACCUUCAUGCAAAAUCUAACACAGAGCUAUAGCCCAAAUAUAUAUAUAAUAAUAAUUUUUAAAAUACUAUUCUUAAUUUCAUUUAUAUCUCAGUAGCUAUGUUUUAUAUUUUUAACAUGAUUGUUCUAUACUGUUAAAGGUAAAGGUAAAGGGACCGCUGACAAUUAAGUCCAGUCGCAGAGGACUAUGGGCUUGCGGCACUCAUCUUGCUUUACUGGCCAAGGGAGCCGGCGUUUGUCGGCAGGCAGUUUUUCCGGGUCAUGUGGCCAGCAUGACUAAGCCGCUUCUGGCGAACCAGAGCAGUACACAGAAACGCCGUUUACCUUCCCACCGGAGCGGUACCUAUUUAUCUACUUGCACUUUGACGUGCUUUCGAACUGCUAGGUUGACAGGAGCAGGGACCGAGCAACGGGAGCUCACCCCGUUGCGGGGAUUCGAACCGCUGACCUUCUGAUCGGCAAGUCCUAGGCUCUGUGGUUUAAUCCACAGCGCCACCCGCGUCCCUUCUAUAAUGUCAGUUGGCACUUUUCAGAACAACUUCCUCCUUCCAGCAUUCCCCCCACCCCCAAUUUCUAUGCCUCUCUCCUAGACAAAAUAUCAGUGAUAGAAAUGGCAUCCCAACAAACAGAAAAGCUCCAAUACUGCUUAAUUAGAUUUGGCUUUUUUUUUUUACUGUUGCUGCCAAAUAUUAUUUUCUAAGAAUACAAAAACAUUGAAUCCAUAUACUACUCCAUGGUAGUAUAGCGCUGAGCAUGUUAGUGCAACUUGGUUUGUUUGUUGGACUAACUACAGCUAGAAUAUGCUACACUUUUAUGAGUUUGGAUAUAAUGCCUGCAUAUAGACCAUACAUUUAAAAUACAUGACCUCAAGGAUCCUAGAAAAUGUAGCUUGCCCCCCAUGGAGCUAAAACUCUUAGCACUCUUAACAAACUACAGUUCCCAAUAUUUUUGGGGUGUGUGCGUGUGAUUUAAAUCUGCUUUAAAUGUAUAGUGUGCGUGCUGCCAAUGAGAAACAGCAGUAUAGUGGUACCUCUGGUUGUGUACAGGAUCCAUUCCAGAGGACUGUUCGCAACAUGAAAAGAGCACAACCCGCAGCAGCGCGUCUGCGCACGUGUGGGUUGCGAUUCACUACUUCUGCACAUGAUGUCAUUUUGUGCUUCUGUGCAUGCGCGAGCGGCAAAACCCAGAAGUAACCCUUUCCAGUACUUCCAGGUCGCCGCAGGACGUAACCUGAAAGAACGUAAUAUGAAUCAAAUGUAACAUGAGGUAUGACUGUAUAUUCAAAACGGAAAGCAGACAUUUUCAAUCUUGCUCCCUAAUGCACAGUGAGGAGGGAGGUUCACUACCACACAUUCUUGUAGCAGAAAACCACAGUUUCUAGUCAUAUGUUAAUUGGGACAGACUUUUCCUGUGAAAAUCUGACAAUUUAAGCACAUUCCCUCUGAGAGUUGAAAUACAUUCAUACCUUCAAAAUGAGAUUCUCACCAUUUUGUCUGUCUGCUCUCAGAACAAAAUAUUUGGAUGCCUGUGCUAUUGCAGAAAUGCCCCCUGUUUGCUGUGGAUGAUGAACAGAAAGCUCCACCUAUAUUUUCUCAAGCACUUCCUCUAAUGCUCUAACCACGUGUGUUGUGAAAUGCCACAUACUUAAUCGGUUCUCCUUCAGAAAGUUCCACUGACACAUUCCUCCUCAAGCGUUGCACCUUACAAAGCUGUUAAAAGGAGUUGCUGCUCAAAUAUUUACUCAUCCUCUGACGCUGUGAAAGAUACUUUGGCCAUAGCAGCAAUCGGCCUACUCACACUCUCUGGGCUAAUGCCUUAGGCUUCUUUGGAAACAAGAGUUUUAUUCGAGGAAUCUUCCAUGCGCAGAACAGAGCGUUUGAGAGGCAGCUGGAACAGAAAAGGCAUGCCUGGUAUGUGAGACAGAGGAGCUUAAAUCCAAACAUCUUCUUUUCUUUAGGAAUUGUUUAGAGCAAAAUUCAGCAGUGGUAUCUCGCGUGCUGGAGCUAGACUUCAGAGUUGUUCUGGAGUGCCGCUGGUAAACGGUUCCACACAAAUAGGGUGGGAGACUCAGAGCUGAUUAAGACUGGACCUUCCAUUUGAAAUCAAAGUAAGGAAACGAAAACAAAACCGAGAGAGCUGGGGAUAUUCACUCAGCACUGCUUCUAGCAACAGCAGCUUGUGCAAAACAAAAAAAGGGAUGUACUAACUGGUGUGAACUAGACAGGCACUGAAAUAAAGGAAAGAAGCAUCAACUCCAUAACACAUCCAGAAGCUUAUGUAAGUAAGAAUAACAUUCUCUAGCAUGUUUCCUUUUCUUCUGUAUGUUUUGAGCUUCACAAAUAAGUUCCCCCCCUACAGAGGCCUUGAAAAAGUUAGUCAAACCUGGCGUUUAUGUAUGUAAACUGUGUGUGAGAGAGAGGGGAGGGAGAGAUUUUAUUUACUAACAACACAAUCCUUUACUGUAUGUCUACUCAGGAAUAAGUUUCAUUCAGUUCAGUGGGGCUUGAUGCCAAAUAAGUGUGUAUACAAUUGCAGCCAAACAAAUUAGCGUUCGGCAUAAGCUGUCUGACUAAAAUGGAAUCAUGCUCAUUUCAAGGAGAUGACUUUGAUUCAGGGAGCUGACAGUAUGUUCCAUUUGAUUAAAAUAGAAAAUCGUCACAUCACACCAAUAUCUGUAUAUUAUUUUCCAAAAAUGAGUGGUGUUCGGACUUACGCAUCAAUUGAAACAACUGCCUCUGACUUCAUUUUAACCUCUCCCAUUCUGCUCCGGUAUGUUCUAUGGACUAUCUACCGGUAAUCCUUAUCUAUCUUCUGAUCAAUCUCUUGAUUGUUCAGCACAGGAAUUUAAUAACUGUAUUCACAGUCAGGAUCAAUCUAGUAUACUGUUACCCAGGGCUUUUUCAGGGGGAACUCACAGGCACUCAGUUCUGGCACCUCUCAGGUGGGUGCCAUUGGCAUUCUAAGAGAACGAGGGAGGUGUUCAUGGUGAAUUCCAGCAUUUUUUUCUAGAAAAAUACCACUGUUGUUACCUGUGGUUGGUAUUCAAAGGGAUUGCAGGCUUUUCCAAGACUGCAUGAUUUAAGAAAGUGUAUGGUGUUGAACAAAGUUUAGUAAUUUACUUGGCAGGCUCUAUUUUUUUAUUGUUCCAUUUCAAUAGCACUGUCCAUUUAAAAUAAUUCUAACAGAGGUUUUUCCCCUGAACCUUUUCAUCCUCACAAGUUAGGCGAUUAUUCUUCUCCAUUUUACAAACUGAGAAUUUUCAGAUAAAAAGGGAUUUUCUUGUAGCUGGUAGAUUUGACAGUCCGUUUCCAAGAUCCAAGUCCAACACAUCACCUGUUGGAAAACACUGGACUUAACAAUGCCAGCGGUAAUCAUCUUCUCACUGUGUCUAGCACAUACACUUAAGAAGGGAGACGAGUUCUUGAAAUGUUGGGCCCUACAGAAGAUAUUUUACAGGUGCAUUCAGGAUGAUUUGUGCUCAUGAUGCUAUUGGGGUGGUCACACACACUCCUGUAUUCUAGCUGUUUUGCCUUCAAAAUUUUCAGGGCAGUCUCAUGGUAUGAAUAGCAAUCCACGCAUGGUCAGUAGCUUCCAGCAAAGAUCCCAAAACUUUUAACACCAGAAAUAUUUCAUGGCAGCAUGCCAAACUGAAGUUGCUUCUUCAUGAUGCAACCAUUCCCACAUACAUCCUGUUGAUUUUGUGUGUGUGUGUGUGUGGAACUGAACACAGCUUAAGCGCGGCCAUCAGAGCCUGAGCAUUAAAAAUGCAAGAUCAAUAGUGUGGUGUUGGCAUGGCGCCAUAGUGCAAAUAGCCCACUCUCUUUUGCUACUUGGCUUGCAUCAGGAGCAUAAAGAAGAAGCUUUGUGGCUGGCUGAGCCUGUUAGGGUUUUGUUUUGCAGUAAGGGGAGGUAGGUGUGUGUGUGUGUGAGAGAGAGUGUGUGUAUCAGUGGGUGUACAGAAGAAACUGAGGAGUGGGGAACAGGUAGCUCUUUCCCUCCAUCUCUCCCUCCUCCGUACCCUCCAGCAUCUUUGUCCAGCUGCUGGGGGCAGAGAGGGAGGCAUCAAAAACUGGAUUUCCUGCUGCAGGCAAAGGAGAAGAGCAGCAGCACAUCUGCCACCGAUGGAGGACUGUGCAAAAGAGCAGGGUGGCAAGGCAUCACAGCACACCUAACCGCUAUUGUUGAAAAUAAGAGGAAGGAUGGCUGUAACAAUUUGAAAGGAACCAAAGGAAGCUAGUGCACACUCCACGAUGUGGAAGUACUGAAGAACAAUUAUUUAAUGGGAGGAGCAGCAGAUGUCCAGUACCAAACCAUCACAAACCCAGACUUUAGAACUCCUUCCCUAGAGAAGCUAGACUGGCUCCCUCCUUGCUGAAGAUGCCUUUGUGCUAAUGGGCUUUUGGGAACUGACUGCUUUUAAUGAACGGGCUGGUGCUGUGCUGUUUUUACUGUAAUCAUUUGUUACACACACACACACACACACACACACACACACACAUAACCAAUACAAAUGAUUACAGUAUAUAUAUAUAUAUAUAAAUAUAUAUGUUUGUUUUAAUAAUGGGUUUUUCCUAUGUUUUUAGCAGUUCUUAUUUUUAUCUCAAAGGUGCCUCGAGUCCCGUCAGAGAAAAAGCCAGGGUAUAAAUAAAUAGGUUAAUAAUAAUAAUAACAACUUGCAAAAAGAAACCCAUAUGGAGGAACCUUCUGUGAAUUACCCUGUUCUGUAUCAUCUUUCUGUGUUUUAGGUGCAUCUUGUAAUUCAUCUCUCUGGGAAGGAGCCUCUGCCCCUCCUUGUGAGAUGAUGGACAACAGCCCUGAGGAUGAAAAGGAAACUGUUGCAGAUGCUGGUGAGUUGACAUUUACAUGAGUCCAAGCUAUUAGAGGUUUCCUUCAAAAAAUGGAAGUCUUGUCCAAAUGGAGAGAACAAAAAGGAACACAAACUUUGGCAAAAGAAAAGAAAAGUGCAAGCAGACAGUAAGAGAUACUGAAAAAGAAUUUGAGGACUAUAUUGCUAAAAAAUAUUAAGGCUGACAAAAAAGCAAUUAUUUAAAUAUAUUAGCAAGAGACCAUCUAGGGAGAUGGUUAGACCCUUGGAUGACAAGGGAAUCAAAGGAAUGCCAAAGGAGAAUAAGGAGAUUGCGGAGAAGCUGAAUUAAGUAUUUGCACCUGUCUUCACAAUGGAAGAUAUGGGGCAAAUCCCAGUGCCUGUACUAACUUUUGCAGGAGAGGAGUCUGAGAAACUGAGGCUGAUAAUGGUGAUGAGAGAGGAAGUUCUAGGCCUAAUAAACAAAAUGAGAACUGACAAAUCACCAGGUCUGCACUCACAACCAAUAUAUUUAGGAGCAAAACAACCAAAAGCUAGUUUUAAAAAGAUUGUUUACAAUUGCUGACAGAAGACAAAGGGGAUGAUGACAUCCUCUCGGGGCACUGUCUGCUCCAGUGUUCUGUGGUCCAUCUUGAAUCAUUAUCUCCUUAACACCACCCUACUCCUGAAGUUGCUUUAUUGGAAGCCACCAUGGAAAAAGCAAUCCCUCCAACUGUGCCUUGGAAAGCAAUGGCGCAUGCCGGGCUGGGGAGCGGGCACUGAUCUUACUGGACAGGGAAAUUAUCAUGAAAAAAAAUACAGUCUUUCAAGUAGUUUGGCCCAAGCUGCUUCAAACUUUUAAGGUAAUAACCAGCACCUCGAGCUGCACCUAGGAAACAUAUUAAUCGGAAAGGACAGACAUUACAAAUAUAUCUUUUUUAUUCCAUUGCAGAGAACCGGUCCAUUUCUGAUAUACCUGCUCACAUGUCCUGUGAAGAAUAUGAGGGACUCCCUCCAUAUCUAAGAGAGGGAAAGUAAGACAUUUCUUUAAUCAUUGUUUCUGGGUGUUGUUACGAGUGAUUGUUAAAACUAUUGGGUGGAAUCUUGACUGGAAAAGUCCUGGAGAGCUUCAGCCAACCAGUGUAGACCAGGGAUAAUCAAUGUGGCGCUUCUAGAUUUUGUUGGACUACAACUCUGACCAUUAACCCAUACUGAUUGGUGCUGAUGGGAGUUGCAGUUUAACAACACCUGAAAGGCACCUCUGGUGUAAAGGUAAAGGUAAAGGACCCCUGGACGGUUAAGUCCAGUCAAAGGCAACUAUGGGGUUGCAGCGCUUAUCUCGCUUUCAGGCUGAGGGAGCCAGUGUUUGUCCACAGACAGCCUUCUGGGUUAUGUGGCCAGCAUGACUAAACUGCUUCUGGCACAACAGGACACUGUGAUGUUUACCUUCCCGCCGCAGCGAUACCUAUUUAUCUACUUGCACUAGCAUGCUUUUGAACUGCUAAGUUGGCAGGAACUGGGACAGAGCAACAGGAGCUCACCCCGUCACAGGGAUUCAAACUGCCAACCUUCUGAUCGGCAAGCCCAAGAGGGACAAUACUGAGCUAGAUAGACCAAUGCCCUCACAGCAAUCACUAUUGAAAAGGGUUGACUAUGUGUUACCACCUUCAUGUUGCUAUUAUUUUUACCUGCCCUUCACCCUAAGGUCCGAAGGUGGGUUCACAACAUUAAAACACAAUAUUAUAAACAGUUUAAAACAUCUUACAAUCGCAGAAAUAAUGUGGGCCUCAAAAUACACAUCCUAAGUGUCCAAAGCAGCCCUUGAAGUUGUUCCAAUUUUGUUAACGUUCAGGCAUUUUUAAGGCUAUAAAUUCCAAGUAUAAAGUUAUCUAGCAAGUACUACAAACUGAAACAUGUCUUGAUUUCCUUUCCCAGUGUCCUCUUUGCUUCUGAGCAAGAUGUUAAAGAAGCCUUCCUACAGUACGCAGCCAGUAAGCGUUGCUAUAGCACAGCCCCUGCAAAGCAAAUGAAAGUCCAGAAUCUCACUCCUCUCAACAUAUACAGAGUAUGUACCAUAGUAGUAUAAAGCGAAGUGACCGUUCCUGAAAAUCAGGCUUUGUGAGCUUCAAGCCAGAGGUUUAGCUCAGCUGCUCUCAGGCUUUUCCCUAGGAGCCACUCAGGUCAAGAUAAUUGAACGUUCAGGUUCCCCAACAUCACACCACUUUGCAUUUCCCUGUGUUUUCGGUAUGCCCCAUGACUGUUAGGUAUAGGAAAUGUUCUUGGAAAAAAGCAGGUAUCUUUUCAGUUGGGAUCCAAUAGUUAAUUCUUAAAGAGGGAUUUGCUGGCAUGAGAAGUCUAUGCAAUGGCUGUGUUCUAGCUACCUGUUGGAGGCAGUUUAUCUCUGAAUGCCAGUUCCUGGGAACAAAUGGGGAGAAGACAGCUGUUGCACUCAGGUCCUGUUUUGGGGCUUCCCAUAGGUAUCUGGCUGACCAUGAUGAGAACAAGAUGCUGGACUAGGUGGGACAUUAGCUUAAUCUGGCAGGUCUCUUCUUAUGUUCUUAUGCAUUCUUAAAAACCUUUACUCCUCAUUGUGAAAAUGCCAGAGUACGCAUAUAAGAGUCAGUGGUGGUGCGAGAGUUAUUUCCAAAAGAUGUGGUUAUUACUUAAAAAUAAAAAAAUAGAGCCACAUUUUUGACUUAGUUGUUAUGUUGAAAUUAUAACUAAUUCUGAGAACGAAAAUGUAAGUAGUAUCUAAAUCAAUAAUAAUAAUAAUAAUAAUAAUAAUAAUAAUAAUAAUUUAUUUGUACCCCGCUCAUCUGUUUUGGUUUCCCCAGCCACUCUGGGUGACUUCCAACAAAGAUUAAAAAGUGGCAACUCAGGAGAGCCAAGGCACGUGUCUUGAAAUCCCUUCUCCUUAAUUUUGUGGGUACAAGCUACAGUUGCACAGUAUGUUAAUGGUUUGCUUUCUGGUGUAGGGACCCAAGUAGUGGCAUGUCAGCUUGCGGUGGGACUUGGCAUGGAUGAAUUCAGUUUUUAUUUCUGUCCGUCUCUCAUUUUUCCAAACAUAAAUUCAGUUUGCCACAUUCCCAUAUUAGUUUGCAAUUUAUUUAUUCAUUUAAAAAAGAAUUUCCUCAUGGAAAUUCUCCAGCAUUUUGCCUAAUUAUACCUAUUUCUGUAAGCCAUUUUGCAUAAAACAAUGCUUUUUUUAAUGUAUGUUAUUCCACCUAUAUAUACAUUUUAAAAUGCACACUUUCUUGUUGCGAAUGCAUUUUUGGUACACAUUUUUGUGUUGGAGAACUGCAUUGCAAAAUUUGGAGAAUUUCAAAGAAUAGUUCCAUUUUUGUUUCUGGGAGUGCAGGUUAGGUAGGUUGUGUUAAAAUGAGAAUGGAAGAAGAUCACAUUUCUUUCCAUCUCUAGGGAGGGACUGGAGAGGGACAACAGCUUAGCAGCAAAAGGUCCCAGUAAAAAAAAAGAUCAAGCAGCAGGUAGAAUUCAAUAUUUGCAAAUCCCUAUAGAAAAUGAUCUGAUCGCACCUUUCGUGUGGAAUGGAAUUUCCCUUAUCUAUUCUUCAAAUGUUGUAGCACAGUUCAUGCCAUAUGCAUGGAUACAGAAUUAACUCCCACUGACUUCUGCAAGACUUAUUUGCAAGUCACCAUGUAUAAGAUUGCAGCCUAAAUGUAUCAAAAUAUAUUAUUUAAAUGCAUAGGUUAUUUUUGAGGAGAUAAAUAUUUUUAAAUGUAGUAUGCAUUUAAAUAUAUCUAUGUAUACUGAGGAAAAAUGCAUAUUUGGGGGGAAAUUCUUUUUAAAUUCCCUCCUCCAAAAAUAAUAAUAAUGCAGAAGUGGAAUAGAAUAGGAUUAUGAAUAAAAAUAUGCAAAAGCAAUAGGGACCAGAAAUAGAUAGCUUAAUCCAUUCCUAGCUGCUAGUAGACAGCUUGGGUUAGGACUAGGUGGACAGUACACAGGCCUCUUUCAUUCUGUGCAUGCUUAGAGGCGUUAUUUCACAAAGUCUGGGGCUUAGGCUCAGUGCUGAAAAUGGAUUCUGGCUGUGAGCACUUGUGCAAUUUAAGUACAGGGCAAGCACCAUCUCUAGACCUUUCCCCCUUUUGCCAGAAUAUAAAAUUGUCACGAGUUUGACUGUGUGAACUGCUGUGUGGGCAGGCUUUCAACCAGAUAACUGAAUGGGUGGUGAGAGAAUUUAACAAAAGAACAUUAAUGUUCAUGCAUGGUUGGAAAUCUCUCCAUGCUGCCUUGAGAAGGUGACACCCUUCAGUUCAUGAAGAGAAACGCUUGUUGCUGUUUGAAUCCAAAGAGAAGAGUUGGGCGUUUGAAGCUGAAGUGUGCUGGACUGGAGAAAGCCCAGGACCUUGAUGGUCUCCAUACGAUCGUUUUCUGGGAAUCUGAUGCAGAACAAGUAUUUUUGUAGGACCCUUUCUGCUUCUAUAAACAUUUUUCCCCUUUUCUUUUUCAAAUUACUUCUCAUACAAAAUGGUUGUGGUUAAAAGAUGAGCUGUGGGUCGACAAGGCAAAGCUCAAUAAUUUGCACCGCUGCUCUUAAUUCCAGAUGUGUUGUAGUUAUUUAACGGUGAAGGAAAGUAUUUGCACAAACUCAGAAGUUGGUCUAAUCCCUUCACGUACUCUAGGGUUGAAUCUUUAAAUAUAUGAAGAACAGUGCUGCACUCUGUUGAGUUCUGGCUAAGAUCAAUUGAGAAGCCAGCUCUCCACGCAACACUUCUCAUUUGCAGGUUUCGUUUCUUAAAAAGAACCAUUUCAAGUCCACUUCCACAUACCCUUACGUUAUAAUUUUGAUAGGGUUUUUUUUUCUCCUCCUGUCCUCAGUAUCGUCUGGAGACUUUCACUGAAAUGAGAGACACCCACGUGGCCAGUGAGCUUUAUGAUGGUGAGUCACACAUGAAAAAUAAGAUAGCCAGGCCAGGCUUUCUACUCUCCGAGCGAUUGCCACCUCAUAUCUUUCCAGCUACCAAACAGGGCCAGAUUGAGUUUUCUUCUCUCAGAGAGAUUGGCACCUCAUACUUUUCCAGCUUCCAAAUUAAGCUUCCUUCUCUGAUAGUUUGUUACUGUGUACCUUUCCAGCUACCAAAUAAAGAGGGGCAUCGUGAUUAGCAUAUGGAAGUCUCUGGACAAACCUGUGCUCAAAUUUCCCUCAGCACUGUAGGUGAAUUGGGUGAACUUGGGCCGAUUGUUCUUUCUUUUGUCCUAAUCUGAAGGUCGUUUUAUAUUUUGUGUUCUGAGCUCCUAGAGGGAAGUCUGCAAUUAAGUAAAGCUAACAUAAUUACUACACAUCUUCCAAUUUAGAAAGCAGGUUGCUCUUUCCUUUCUAUUUCCAGCAGAAGUUGUGAGGUUGUGGGCAGCUGCUGACAGGAGUCAUAUUUCCUCAUAUACAACCAGUUAGAAUGAAAUUAGCUUACUUUGAGCUCAGGGUGUGAAAGAUUUAGACAUCCUUCCUUUCAGGAAAAGAAAGACUGCUCAUAUUCCUCUUUGGAGGGGAGCAAAUUAUUUAAUGCAGCAGAAGAAUAAUUAACAUUGUACUAUCUCACGCUAUUCAGAGGAGACUGAAAAGUACAGGCUCCUUAGGUCCCAUGGUGAUUCUUGAACUCUUCAUAGGUUUUCCACAGGACGGGACUUCCGAUUCAGCCAUUCUCUGUUCUCUAAAGACAGAGAAGGAAACAGUACCCAACAGUGUAGUCCAAAGGCCUCCCAUACUUCUCAAAACAUUUAUUUAAUUAUUUGGUUAUAAUUUUAAUUUAAAUCCUGCUUUUCUACACAUAGGCAGUGUGUUGUUACAACGACAAUAAGAAUAUGAUAAAAACAACAAUUGUAAUUUUUUUUAAAAAAAAAAGCUGAUAAAAAUAUCAAGUGUGAAAGCAGUCAACACUAAACAUCAAAUGCAUAAUAAAAAGAGCAUUUAAAAAUAAUAAUCGUAUUGAGACCAGAGAAUAGGGAGUUUUGGGUUACUUUUCAUACAGCUCUAUUAUUUAGAGCUGUUGACUCAAAAUACCUGAAGGCAACUCAGUCCCUUCGCUACAUUCCUCUGCCUUAAUUUCUUCAGAGAAGGAAGUUCCUCAGUGGAAGUUUGUUAUAUGGCAAUGAGAGAGAGUGCCUUUUUGUGGUAGUACCACGCUCCCCAUAGGAGUACCACUGGUGUCAAUAUUGAAAUCCUUCAGGUGCCAGAUUAAAAUCUAUGCUUUUUAAAGUUUUGCACUGGUGGUUAUUAGUCUGCUCUGCUAUUGCUGUUGCCAUAAUAUGUUUAUAUUGUACUUGUUUUAUUGUACUGUCUUGUUUUGUUUUAUGCCUCUGUAUACCAUUCUGGUAUCUGUAUAGAUCAGCCUUCCCCUUUUUGUUGCCCUCCAGAUAUUUUGGAUUCCAACUCUCAUCAUCCCUUUCCAUUGGCUGUGCUAGCUGGGGUUGAUAGGAACUGGAGUCCAACAAGAUCUGAAGGGUACAAGGUUGGGAGACGCUAGCGUACAUGAAAAAUGGGUUUAAAGGUGUUGUUCAGCUAUGACAUCCAUCGGCCCCAGCAAGCUUUGACAGUGGUCAAGGAUGAUUUGCGUUGUAGUUCAUCAACAACUGGAGGGCACCAUGUUGGUUUCUCCUGCUCUAGGGCCUCUCAAGGGAGAAAACCAUAAUAUUUACUUGUCCUAUUGUAUUGUACUGCUGAAAAACAUUUAACCAGCACCGAUGAUUCAGGGAAAGCUGCUGUUCUGGUUGAAAAAUCCCAGAAUAUCUACCCACUUUGAGACAAACAUUAGUAAUGGCAGGUCAUUUGUCAACCUGUCAUUUUGCCAUUGAAGGUGGGGGUACAUCAUUCUUACUAAUUUUAUGGUGGCUUCUGUUCUUCCAGGUGGAUUUGUAGACUCCUUUGCUGUUGGAAUACCACCUCUCCCAUGGGAUAUAACAGUGGAUGAACCUCCUUUGUUUACGGACUGUGAAAUGCAUAUUCCAGUGCCCCAUUCGUACUCAGUAGAGGUAAGAAAAUAACAAGCCAUUGGCUGCUCUACACAGGAGUUCAGUGGGGUUUACAAUGCAACCCUGUGCAUGUUUCCUCCGAAGUAAGACCCACCGUGUUCAAUAGGGCUUAUUUCUGUGAGUCUCCCUAAAAGGCAGGCAGCAAAUAGAACAAGAUGGAGAAGAAUGCAUGGUAUUACGGCCUUGUUGACAUUUUCCACCAGGGGAGACCUGAGGCGUUUCUGUGCUGGAGGUGAAAUGUCCUGCUGCUGCCUCUGUGAUGUGAGGGUGCAAAUUCUGUAAGGCCUUUUCCCUGACUGCGUGUAGAGUCUCCCCUGCUGGGCAGGGGGCAUCCUUUUCAGAUCCUGACUCCCACCCAAGCUGUGGUCCUUCCCAUCAGCUCCUCCAUUCAGGUGACAGGAGGGGAGGUGUUCCACAGAGCUUUCCCACUGGUCUCUCUCUGCCCUGAGGCUGGGGAAACCAGCGGUGAAGCUGAGCAGUGGAGCAGUCCCCCUUGUGGGGUGACGCCUGAGAUGGCUGCCUCACCCUGCCUCAUGGGGCCGGCUCUGCUUUCUGCCUUGCUGGUUCUUCAAGACUAAAGCCAUGUAUGCAAUCAGUGGUUGAACUCAGGUUUCCUGAUCUAUUCACCUUGAACUGAUGGGUCAGGGCCCACUACUGGGUCAGAACUUACUGAAAUUACAGCAGCACCGUAGAAAAUAUAUCAUAAAAAGUAAAAUAAAAUAGAAUUGAGAAAUUCAAAGUGCUUUUGGCUUAACUUAGCACAAGUUGCACCCCUUCUGAAACCAGUUACUUUAAAUACUCUGAAACAAACAGCGUCCCCCAGCCUGGUAUUAAUUGCUUCUUCCCGCAGUUUAUGAUCUUGGCAGAGAGCAUUGUUUUUACUGCGAGAUAAUAUAUUAGUGGAGAAAGUUGUUGUUUUUUUUAACGUAUGGGGAUUUGGCAGGGAGUAUUUCCCCCCCCCCUUUGGUUUAUAUAGUCUGGUGUGUGUAUUUCAUUUCAAAUGGGCAAGUUGCCAUGAAAAACUGAUUUGUAUCCACCCAGAAGAACAAAGCAUGGAUAUUUUUUCACUAGGCUUUGUGGUUUCCUUUAAAGCGGGCGCAAAAACAAAAAACAAAACUAUUUAGGUGGUCUCUCCAUGCUAAAAUCCAAUAGUCUAGGUACAUCCUCUAAGUGGGCAACUGAAAUCAAUGUAUCUUAAGUUGGUGCUGAAGUGCAAAUCUACCAUUUAAUUUCAAUGGAAAGUAAGUGAGUUCUUAAUAAUAUUAUGUGAAUGACACCAUAUGCCUCACUUCAAUAGGUUUCUCCAUGCUGAGGAAACUGGAAAUCUUUGAGCACUUGAUUCAAUCUGAACCAUGUCCUUCCAUUCUCAUUGCUCCUAACAAUUGCUUUUAUUAUAGCAUUGCUGGUCCAUGUCAUUUCCUUUAAUGUGGAAAGUGGAAACCAAAGGUUGAUAUCAAGAAACAGAAGUGCCAGAUUUAAGUGAGAACUGACUACUGCAACCUGCUUUGGGGUUUCUCCCCCUUUUAUUACACCUUUAAAUAAAGCCACCUAUAGGAUGUCUUGCUAAAACGAGAUCAUAACAUUGAACAAGUUGACUAGUUUAGGGAUUUCUAUCAUAAAAAGAGUAAAGAUUUUGGGUUGAUUCAAGCAUAGACUUUUUCAUAGAUGGUAGAAUAUAUAUAUGGUUAUAGAGGGAGACUACUCCUCCCUGUCUGCUUUUCCCACACUUCCGCAUUGCAGAUGUUUCGUUUGGCUGUUUUGUUUUACUUAUGCACUUGUUUUUCAUCCUGUGUUUUAUUCUGUGAACCAUGCUGAGAUCAUAUGAUGAAGGGCAGCUUAAAUGAAUGAAUGAAUAAGUUUCCCAAAUCAUUUUCAGUUAUACUUCAUUCCUUGCUUUCAGGACUGUCCAAACUGCAAAAGACGUGGUGAAACUAUGUGUCAGCCUUGUAAAGGAACUGGCAAGGUAUUGUAUGAUGGAAACAUUGCCAAAUUCUUUUCUGAAAUUUCUGGGGUUUUUUUGCAAUUGAUAUUUACUUUCGAUUCAAAACGUAAAAGAACUGUUUUUUAUUUAAAUUAUAUGAAUAAUGUGUUUGCUGGAAACCACAGGAAAUGAGAGUUUUCUCAUGCUCUGGUCCUGCUUUGGGUUUCCCAAAAGCAUCUGGUUUUCCACUCUCAGAACAGGAUACUAAGCCACUGAUCUGAUACAGUAGGAUCUGCUUAUGCAACAUGCCCAGCUUGGAGAGAGUGGAACCCUGAACAGGAGCACUCACUGGAGGCUACACUGCAACAUUUGGUUGCAGGCACACUUGUUGCAUUCUGUUUGUAGGUAAAAUCACAACCUACUUAACGUGGCAAAUGUGCACUCAACUCUCCAAAUGGAAAGAGCGAGUUUCAAAGAUAAACACACAUGCAUGCCUGAUUAUUUUGUUUUGUCCUUUAAUGUAGAAAAAGUGUUCGGCUUGUGGUGGGACUGGUUCACAGGAGGACAGCAAUAUCUGCUCGUGGUGCGCAGGUUCAGGAAAGAAUCGGUAAGUGAAUAAGUGGUAAGUUACACCACUUGUAUCAGGGACGUGGAUGGCGCUGUGGGUUAAACCACAGAGCCUAGGACUUGCCGAUCAGAAGGUCGGCGGUGCAAAUCCCCGUGAUGGGGUGAGCUCCCAUUGCUCGGUCCCUGCUCCUGCCAACCUAGCAGUUCGAAAGCACGUCAAAGUAAAAGUAGAUAAAUAGGUACCGCUCCGGCGGGAAGGUAAACUGUGUUUCCAUGUGCUGUUCUGGUUCGCCAGAAGCGGCUUAGUCAUGCUGGCCACAUGACCCGGAAGCUGUACGUCGGCUCCCUCGGCCAAUAAAGCAAGAUGAGCGCCGCAACCCCAGAGUCGGUCACGACUGGACCUAAUGGUCAGGGGUCCCUUUACCUUUAUCUUUACACCACUUGUAGUAAGUUGCAUGGCAGGAGAUUAUUGAGUUGGCUCAUCCACCCCCACCCCCCGUUAUUUCAGAAAGGGGAAUUUGUGAUCAAUUGUGAUUUUUUUUGGGGGGGGGACAUGCAGUGUUCUCAGCACUCUCUCCCUCAUUCACCUCCCCUGUGAUCAUCUGUAUCAACGUGCCCACUUUACAGCAGCGGCACUGAAACCAGAAAACCAUACUGAAAAUAUUAGCGUUGGUCCAUAGUAACGAUGAAAUUGUUAAAAACUAUUCAACUUACAAAAAUCUAGCCAUAUGCAGAGUAAAGAAUUAUAUUGCUUCUAAAUGUUAAGUAUGUGCACAUUUCCUAUUUCCCAUUUUGUGUGUGUCUGUUUUCCCACCUUCCUCUUCCACAGUUGCUUCAAUUGCCGUGGCAAUGGCUGGCUGAAGUGUUACCGUUGCAAUGGGAGCGGUGUCUUGCUAUUUCAUACCGAACUUACGAUAACUUGGUAAGUUGAAAAGCCAAAGGAAGAAGAGUUCCAUGAAGGUGUGCUCUUGCUACAACCCUUGAACAUUUUCGAGUGAUUCCUUGGCAUGGUAUUAGCAGAGAUCAUCACCGAGUACUAGGAAUCUUUACAGCGGCUUUAUAUGGAAUCUGGCCAUUACUCUAUCUAGUUCAGUAUUGUCUGCUUUGACUUUCAGUGGCUCUCCAGGGUUUCAAACACAGGUCUCUCCUUGAGAUGCCAGGGAUUGACCCUGAUGCCUUCUGCAUGCAAGGCAGCUGCACUACCACAUCCCUACUUUCUGCAGCUUUUGCUAUAUUAAGCUUUAUGCUAGGAAUGCCCAGUGUACAUCAACAGAGAACAUCAAUUGACACUUCUUUCCUUUCUUCACCAUGCAGACUGCUGGACUUGAAAUCCAGGAAAGUUACUAGACUGUUUUGUUGUUAUUUUUUUAUUAGCAUCUUACUAGGAUUUUUAAAAUUGCCAAGUGGGCUUGCAUAGAAGGGACGGGUCUCUCUAUCGCUUGCCCACCAGCCCACUUGGUUUCCCCGCUGGUCUUCCUCUACAGCCAGCAGGGAAGGAAAGUGGGCUGGUAGAUGAGGAACAGGGAACUCCAUCUGUCUUCUGCCAGACCCACAAUAUUUCCUUGUUGGCCAUGGAGCAAGAUGCUUCACUUUAUCCUAAGCCAGCGUUAAAACCAAGUGGGCUGGAUGAUCCGUCCCUACUUCAGCUCACUCACCUGCAGGCCCUGUCAGAAUUCCAGAGAGGUCCAGGCCACUUUCAGGGCCCCAAACCAUAAUAAAAACACUAGUUUUUAUUGUGGUCCCCCCCCCAAAAAAAAUAAUCAGCUGAGCUAAGAGGACAUGUUUAUCAAUGGUUUAAUCUUGUGCUGUGAGAACCUCUCUCCCCCUCUCUCUAACAUAUAUAUAUUACAUAUAAAUAUAUAUAUAUAUGUAAAAACGUAUAUAUAUGUAAAAACAGAAAUAAUAAUUUUAUAAUUGAUUUUAUUAAACUCUAAAAAUGACAAAAUCUACAUCAGUUAACAAUUUUGUGUCUUUUUCCAAAUCACAAUUCAUAUUUGCAGCUCUGAGCUGAGUGUGCCACAUUAUGGUCUGAGGCUCAUAAAAAAAAACCUGUGCAUCAAAUGCCAAAAAAUAGCGUUGCCAGAAUUUUUGAGCUCCCCCCCCCCCCCGGCUCGAAUGUCUGGGAAUUUCUGGACGUAUGGCAGCCCUACCAAAAGAUUAACUAGUGUAUAAAUCUGAGGCUCUCUUUGUGUUUAAGGCCCAGGGGAAAUGGCCCUUAUGCUACCAUCUUCUGAUUGGCCCUGCUCACUUGCAUCUAAUUUCUUGUCUAGAGACCAGACAAAUAGUUAAAUACGAGGCUAUUCUAGUGGUCCAUGACGUUUUCCCAUAGCAAUGCUAGUAGAGCCAACAAAAAAACCUCCAAAUGACCGAGCAACCAAGUCACACACAGACCAGUCUCUCCCCCCCCCCCACUUUCAUCUCACCUCAUCAUAAAUCACUGGAGCCAAAAUUCCUUGCUAAGCAAGACACAUUUUCCGAGUCAUCCAAAAGCAAUGUGGGAAAUUGUGGUAUCAGGAUACAAGCAAAGCCUUCAUUCAGAUUGCAGUUAUACACAAUUACCUAGAACUAAGUUUCACUGAAAUCAAUCAGUGGGAAGACAUGCAGGUUUGCUGUAUUAAUUUUUCUUUUCAGUGCUGUCUAGGAGCUGGAUGUUGUGAGGUCAGCACUGUUACGCUUUGCCCAGCCUACUUUGUCCUUGAACGUGUGCCUGAAAAAGAAAGCAAAUGUGUCUUCUUCGUUUCUGUUUUCUCAACAGGAAGAACAAUGUUUUAGAACAUGUAGCAGACAAGAAUUCUGGCUUCCCAGUUCACCAUUUGCAAGAAGUGACUGGGAAAGAAAUUGUUAGUGAUGAAGGUUCCUUGGUAAGCCACAUUCAACCAAAUAGCCUGGGGACAUGGGUGCUGUUUUUCUUUUGUGCGGUGUGGAUAUACUCAGGAUGGGGGAUAAAUUCAAUUCAGUUCACAUUUAAACUUACCUAAUUCACACUUUCUGAAAUAAUCUGUGAACCAAAACACAGCCCUCCUUCAAAACCUUCACUUCUCUAAAUGUUGCAGUGCAGUUCUAUAGCCACAUAAUGGAUGUGCUAUAGUGUAUAUAGUAAACAUAGGGAUGUGGGUGGCACUGUGGUCUAAACUACAGAGCUUCUUGGGCUUGUUGAUCAGAAGCUUGGCAGUUGGAAUCCCUGAGACGUUCGAAAGCGUGCCAGUGCAAGUAGAUAAAUAGGUACCGCUGCGACGGGAAGGUAAACUGCAUUUCUGUGGGCUCUGGCACUCGUCCUCCGUGUGCCAGUAGCAGUUUAGUCAUGCUGGCUACAUGACCCGGAAAACUGUCUGUGGACAAACGCCAGCUCCCUCAGCCUGAAAGCGAGAUGAGUGCCGCAACUCCAUAGUCGCCUUUGACCUGACUUAACCAUCCUUUACCUUUUUACCAUACCAAACAUAAUGCAUAAACAUUUUUGAAAGAUAGGUCAUUCAGGUUAUGGAAACACUUUAAAUAGGAGCUUAAAUACAAGCUUCAGGUAAGCAGUUAAAUGUGUGUUUAUCAAAACUAUAAGGUGAGAAGGAUUUGUUUUUUUAAUAGGAAAUAUUGAUGGGAAUUUCCUAUGUCGAUAUUUUUUUUUUGUUAUCCCAUGCAAAGGAAGAGUAUUUGGGUUGGUUUUGGUGUUUAUAUGCCCUAUACUCAGGGGUUUUUCCCCCAGCCAGAACUUGCCAGAACUCGGUUCCAGCACCUCUCGCAUGGAUUCUGGCACCUCUCAUGUGGGUGCCAUUGCCAUUCUAAAAGAACAAAUGAAGUGUUCAUGGCCAUCUCAGUUCUACUAUAUGCAGAUGAUGUGGUACUCCUAUUCCAAACAAAAGUGGGCCUAAAAAGAUUGAUAAGGGCAAUCACAGGAUACUGCCAGAAAGAACAACUGACUGUGAAUUUGAGUGCUAUAUUGAAAGGGAAUUUUCAAUGUGCGUUUUCCUUGGCUCACAAUGGCAGGAGAAGCAGCACCUGUUAAAUUUCCCACUUAUACAGAAGUAUUUGGUGCGGCAAAACCCUGUCUUCUAUCAGUGGUGGAUUUGGGUACGAUGGUGCCCUGUACAAAACCAAAAUUUGUCCCCUUCCAUCCUUGCACUGCCUUCCCAAAGGCAGGGAAGCAAGUCACUGGGCUUUGAGAAGGAAGCACGAGGGGUUGGCAGGGUCCUAGAGCCCUCCUACCUCCUUCCCAAAGCUGGGAAAGCACUAACUAUGCUUUGGGAAGGAGACAGGAAGAUUCUAGGACUCUAUCAGAGCCCAACACCACCUUCCCAAAGCCAAGCGACUCGGGCUUUCAGACAGUGUCCCCUCAGCUCAGCACCCAGUGUGUGUGUACUGCUAGCACAGCCCUAAAUCCGCCCUGCUUCUAUACUGUAUUCCAUGCGGACAAGCAAGGAGCAUUAAAGAGCCCAAGGACAUUCUUGGGCGAAUCAUAAAAAUUCAAGGAAGGUGCAAAGCAGCGUCGGUGAGGGGUGUGCCACUGGGAAGAGCCCCAUGGGUAAGACAGAGAGGCCCUGAGGGCUGACUUUUGACCCCUGGACCCGAGGUUCCCCAUCUCUGUCCCAAAACAACAACGCCACCACUUUUUGGGUUUUCUUGGGAGUUUAACAAUAUUUUACAAAUGUGAAUAUAGCAGUGUGUUUUAUUUGUUCUCUAGGUAUUUCCCAUAGUUGAUUUCCCAGAGCCAUUAGUUGAGGACUAUUCCCGAGCAUUCAUUGCACAACACAAUAUGCAGUUUACCUCAGAAGGAUUGCACAGAGUCCUGAGGCAGGUAGGUGGAAAAUGGAAUCAAUGGAUACCUGUAAUAAAGGAUUAGGGUUUGUUUCUUGUCGGUAACUUGGCAUAACUUCUUCUUAUUCUUUUUCUUCUACUAUGUCAUUAUUAUUUAUUAAAUGUCUUACCCACCCUUCACCAGCAGGUCCCAGGGAGGGGAUAAGAAAUGGUUAAAAUGAAUUAGAGUCGUAGGAAUAGAGUGGAUCUUGAAAACACAUGUAUCAUGUGUCAAAGGCCAGGGUGAAGAGGUGAAUCUUCAGCAUGCAUCAGAAGCUAUGCAGUGAAGGUGCCAGAUACACCUCUGUGAGGAGGGAAUUCCACAACCUAGGAGACGCCACACAGAAUGCCCUCUCCCAGGUCACUCACCCUCACUGAACUUCUGAGGGAGAGAUGUAACUUCUUAGAGAGGCAGACUCUCAACAAUAUUUUUGCUGGCUAUACCAGGGCCCAAUACUUUUUAGGAAAGUUAAAAGGGAAGUUGUAUGCUGGUGAACUGUAUGGUGCCUGCAAAUGGGGAACGGUUUUUGGUUUUUUAUCCUCUGCCUUUGUAAAACAAAAAGGGGAAAUGUUGCAGCAUUUGAGGAACUUCAGUAAUAGUUGUAAGGUAGAUAUACGAAAUUAGAUAUAUUAAGAAUAAGUUUAAUUAUGAUAAAAGUGUGUAUUGGCAAUAAGUAUUAUGAAAUCAAAAUAUGGAAUAGCCGGGAGGUUGGGUCUUUAGUGUUAAGACCAAUAUAUGUUAUAUUGUUUGCUAAGAAAAUUAUGUGUCUAUAGUUAUUCCUGUGUGUAAUUUAGAAUUUGUGUUUUUUUCUUUUUCUUGUUGUAUCAAUAAAAAAUCUUUUUAAGAAAAGGGCCGGGGGGGGAAGGGAACUGUGAGAACCAAUAGGCAGAUGUUCCAAAACAAAAGGAAAUAGUUUUUCACAUAAUGCUUUUCUGAAAUUCCUUCCUUGUGAUGUAUGUAUCAAUAAGGUCAAAAUUGUCACGGCCAUGAACAGUUGCACAAUAAGCUUGUUAGUGAAUGUAAUUUCAUGUGAAGUCAUAUGAGUUUUAACUCAUCACCACAAGCUGGGGAUGAACAAUGGAGUCAUUCAAUACCUAGUCCACAGCAUACUAGAACUAUGGGUAUUACAGUGUUACACAAAUGAUGACCCUCCAAACUGAAUCCAACCCAUGAGCUGAAUAUCAGAUAGUUCGCCAUGAGUUUUGCUGUCUGUGUGGAAUGCUCAACUCUUGGCUAUUUUGAGAUACAGGAUGCUAAAGUGAACCAGAUGAGUAAUCUCUUACCUGGCACAGGAGAUAUCAAGUAUUUUCUUCCUUUAGCUAACAAAGGGGAACUAUUUGUGGGUCGACACACUGGUGUCUUGUCGGAGCUCUUCUUUAAAGACAGAAAGGCAGGGCAUAAAAGUUCUUCUAAAGAAACAGAGUUGAGCUCAGGUUUGGCAAAGACAUUUUGCUGCCUGAAGCAAAAGGCAAGAUGGAACAUCCUCCCUAUUUGAUGUGUAGAAGCCAAUUGUACUGGCAGCUGAAUCUUACUACAAAACCAGAAAUGGGAUGGCAUCCUCCACAGCAUUUGAAGUAGCCAGCUAAUUUAGGUCGCUGAGGACAGGCCACGUGGCAUACAAACUGUGGCUUCCAACACAGGGGAAUGUCUGGUGUUCAGGGGUGCUUAGAAGGAGCAGCCAGGGGACCGCUACCACUGCUGCUCAGCAUCUGCCACCUGAGGGAGUUUAAUGGUAGGGCCGGCCCUGUUUGCUCUUUGAAGCAGGUUUUUCAGUGAAUUAUAUAUCUCUUUUUUUCAGAAACAAACAGUUGAGUUGGUGCCACUCACAAAGGUUGACUAUGAAUGGAAAGAGAGAGUCUAUUCCUUCUACAUCUUUGGCAAUGAGAAUAAAGUAUAUACCAAAGACUAUCCAGCAAAGUGCUGCUGCUCCAUCAUGUGACACGAGGACAGUUUUGGUGGCAUUCAGAAACACAGCUGCUCCCGGUUAUUUGUUCUUCACGGCAACUUGCAGAUUUUUAUUUUAUUUUAUUUGCUGAAGGACAUUUUCUGUAUGAUAUUUAGGGAUUCAGCCAUAGUUCAGCACGGUCGAAGUUGUUUGUGGGUGCUAUACACCGGACAUUUGUCACUAAUACAUGACUGCAUUGGCUGUGCUUUUCAAUUAGGGAGAUGAAGGAAACUAUUUGUUCUAAUGUACGAAAGAGGAUUCAAUGCAUUUGCUUUCUUGUGGUUGUGCAUUAGGAUGCCUCAAGCUAAGCAUCCUGUAAACUUCUUGUGGAAGUAUAAGCAGUUCAGAAUGAAAUAUAUUCCAGCACUGGGCAUCAUACUGCAUGAAUCUCUGCUGUGAUUUGCAUUCCUCUUAACUAAGAAAGUCAGGUAAGUGAGGGAUUGAUGGACAGAUUUUUCAUUUGUCUCCUAUACUAGAACAGAUCCCCUCUCCCUGCCAUUUCAGUGUCUGAUUGUACAAGUGCCACAUUUAGCAAGGUCAGAGAAGCUGUGGCUCACCAGGCAUUGCUGGAUUAUAACUCCCACCAUCCCUUACCAUUGGCCAUGCUUGCCUGGAAGUGGUCCAGGAGCUCCUCAAGGAUCACAGAUUCUCCAUGCCUGAUCUGAAGGAUCAUAGCAUACUCUGAUGUUAUUGUAAUCAUAGAAUUCAAUGAGAAAAUGUUUUGAAAUUUGAGUCUUAGCUGUGAUCAAAUGCCCCUGUAGCUGGUGCUCAACAACCUCUGUGUUUAAGUACCAGUAUUAAGGCAACUAGCAUCUACAGUGGUACCUCGGGUUACAUUAUGUAAUUCUACCUGAAGAAAUAUCAGGAUCACCCCAGAGAAUAAUUAGUGUGAGUCUGCACACUUUUUUUUUAUUUAAGAACACGUCUCAAGUGGUGUAAUACAUUUAAGCAACCUUUUGGAUUUUGUUUCUGUUUUUAAAUUAACUUACAUCAUUGCGUAGAAAAUGACUAAGUACAAAACUGAUCAGAUUUGCUGGAAUGCUAUGCUAUAGGGGAAUAAUGAGCAAGUCUCCUAAUGGUGGGUUCCUCCCCUGUCCUAAUACUUGCACAAAACCAUGUGGUAUAGCAGUCAGAAUGCUGGACUUAGUCCAAGGAAACCCACGUUGAAAUUUCCACUGAACCAUGAUGCUCAUUAGUUCACAAUGGGUUAAUUAAUAAGAAAAAAACCACACUAUUAUAGCUACAUCCCCCAAUUUUCUAUAUUGGUCCUGCUCUUAUACAUUUAAGGACCAUAUGACAUACAGAUGCUAGUCAAGUGAAGCUAUUCCCAGCAUGAUGUGAAACUAAGUGAUGCAGGAAAGCCCUUGUCCACCUGGGUCUAGAAUAUCCCAGAGUAUCCAUCUCCUCCUUAUCUUCCUGCUGCUCUGUGAACCAGCCAGAAAAGUCAUUCCCUUGUCAGAGGCCUUCCUCCAUGUCCUCUUGCCACCUGGGCAGGGGAGUUGACUAGAGAAAGCACCUUCUGCGCUGUGGCCCCCAGACUGUGGAAGAGCCUCCCUAGGGAGACACACCUAGAGCCAUCCAGAUUGUCUGUGAGUUAAAUAACAUGGCAUCUGAUCUCAUAGAAAGCCCAUUCAGGCCAGCCAUUGAUGCUUUUAGCUCCAUAUUGUCUCCUCCCUGCCAGCCAGGAUGUCAGACAGGAGUCUUUCGUAGCCCUACCUGGAGACGCCAGGAACUGAACCCUGGACAUUUGCAUGCAAAGUGUGCACUCUACCACCUCUCUUACCAUGUUUUUAAACUGCUGCUAUUUUAAUAAUUUUACUGUUUUGUCUUAUUUGCAAUUUUCAUUUUAACUUUUGAGUUGCCUUUGAAUAGUUUCUGUCAGAGGCCGUAUAUAUAUAUUUGUAAUAAAUAACAUAAAUCAAAGUUCUGCCUGCUUAAUUUCUUUGGGGAUGAUGUUAAUGGCAAAGAAGCCAGACCAAAAUAAAAAUGUGUUUAUUUAAUUGUAGCUCACUGGUAUUUGAUAAUAAAUUCCAGCGCCG